GGCGCCGCAGAGAGCGCAUUGAGCCAGAGCCUGCAGAGCGUCGAUUCACACCGCAGACAAGAGAGGGGGGAACAGGCGGCAUCCGCAGGCACAAACAGUCGGACAUAACCCGCAUGGUUCGCAGCCACAGACUACACCUCCCCUCCUCCUCUAGCCGACCGGUCUGCAUUGAAUCUCCGAGAAGGAACCCAGAGUUGGAGGAAGCCGCCGCGCUCGGAUCCGUGGAGUUAUAUAAGAGCAGAGGAAGCGUCAGCCCCGUCGCAGGGCCGGUGUGACUCAUUGAUAAAUAACACAGGCUCUCUCCGACCAGAUGCAUGAAUGAGCGCCAGUGUAGGCAGCCCGCAGUCGGGAAAUCUGUGAAGGGGACCGGUGUUUUAAUUGGUCUCGUCCCGGAGCGCACGGGACACUGAGAGACAUUUGCAGGGAGAAUUUAUUGGACUGAUUUUGCAUUUUCACGUCACUCUUUUUUUUGUGUUUUUUCUUACACCUUUGCCCUCAGUUGCUUGUGUUGCUGCGGGCCCUCCGAGCAGCGGAGCGGACUGAAAACACAGACCUACAGAUUGUUUCCUCGCUCGCCUCCUCGCCGCUGCAGCCAGGAAGCUCCCCGCUUUCUCAAAAACAUUUUUUCUUACUCCUGCUUAUAAAUGCUUGACAAGCUCAAGCCCGUCGUCCAGCUCGACUCGGUAAUGGCGAUCAGCAAGACGGUGGGCUGGCUCCGGGAGCAGCUGGAGACGCGCAGGGACGGGCUGCUUGUGAUGGACUGCCGGGCCCAGGAGCUCUACGAGUCGUCGCACGUCGACACGGCCAUCAACGUGGCCAUACCCAGCCUCAUGCUCCGCCGGCUCAAGAAGGGCAACCUGCCCGUGCGGUCGCUGCUCUCCGACGGGGAGGACCGGGAGAGGUUCGUGCGGAGGUGCAAGACGGACACCAUCGUGCUGUACGACGAGUACAGCCGGGAGUGGAACGAGAAUGUGGACGGGGGCUCGGUGCUGGGUCUGCUGCUGAGGAGGAUGAAGGACGAAGGCUACAAGGCCUAUUAUCUGGAGGGUGGCUUCAGUAAAUUCCAGGCCGAGUAUCCAGCUCUGUGCGAGACCAACCUGGACGGCUCCCCGAACAGCAGCUCCCCUACCGCCCAGGUGCUGGGCCUCGGCGGGCUGCGCAUCAGCUCCGACUCCUCAGACAUCGAGUCAGACAUAGACCGGGACCCGAGCAGCGCCACGGACUCGGACGGCAGCCCGCUGUCCAACCCGCAGCCCUCCUUCCCGGUGGAGAUCCUGCCGCACCUCUACCUGGGCUGCGCCAAGGACUCCACCAACCUGGACGUGCUGGAGGAGUACGGCAUCAAGUACAUCCUCAACGUCACCCCCAACCUGCCCAACCUCUUCGAGAACGCCGGGGAGUUUAAGUACAAGCAGAUCCCCAUCUCGGAUCACUGGAGCCAGAACCUGUCUCAGUUCUUCCCCGAGGCCAUCAGCUUCAUCGAUGAAGCGAGAGGCCAGAAGUGCGGCGUCCUGGUCCAUUGCCUGGCUGGCAUCAGCCGCUCUGUGACGGUGACGGUGGCGUACCUGAUGCAGAAGCUCAACCUGUCCAUGAACGACGCCUACGACAUCGUCAAGAUGAAAAAGUCCAACAUCUCACCCAACUUCAACUUCAUGGGCCAGCUCCUGGACUUUGAGCGCACGCUGGGCCUGAAGAGCCCGUGCGACAACCGCAUGGCGGCGCCGAGCCAGCAGCUCUACUUCACCACCCCGACCAACCACAACGUCUUCCAGCUGGACCCCCUGGAGUCCACGUGAGGCUCCGCCGUCGCCACCCCCCCUUCCUCUCCUUUGCUGGAGGUUUUGCGGGCCUCCUGUCGGAAAAGCUGCAAAAAAAAGUUUCUCUUUUUCCCGUCGUCUGCCGUGCGACUGGGCUCUUGACGUUAUUGAUACAGCUGGUUUGAGGCGACAGCUGCCGAGCGCGGUUACUGCAGGGCAGCAAAGCUGUCUGGCGCAAGAUGCAGCUGCUGUUGACUAAAUGAGGAGAGACAGUAAAAGAGACAAGACAGAAAAAGAGGAAGCGAGUCGUUUGAAGAGUUGCAGAUACUUUCUACAGUCCUAUAUCGCUGUUGGACUCCUGAGGUCUUUUAUCUCUUUUGUCAUUGUGAGGAAACUUCAAGUGAUUUGUGGGACAGCCGUACGUUAUGCUUCAAAGUUCCUAGGCUGGUGUGCCAAAGAUACAUGAUUGUUCAAACUGGACAGAUCUAAAAAUGAAAACCUUUUUUAAUGUUUGUUUUGGGGUCUGGCACUGGUCCC